CCGUUGACCGGCUCAAGAAAAGAAAUCGACCGUCGCUCGCGAACUCGAACCGCCAAAUUCUCCCCCUUCUCCAUCUCCCUCCUCCGCGAUCCUUCUCCUCCUCCCUCUCCUCUUCUCCCGACUCGCGGAACCCCGAAACCCUAGCACCGCGCUCUUUCCCCUUGCCCGAUUCCCUUCGAUGAGGGGCUCCUUCGACGAGAUCUCCGACGACGAGUGGGAGAACCACAGCUUCAAGCCCUCGCGGAUCCUCAAGAAGGCCCGCACCGCGCCCACGCAGAUCGAAUCCUUCGCCUACCGUUCCCAAACCCUAGCAAAACCGUCCGCUAAUGGAGCCGCGGUAGUUUCGGACGAUGAUGACGAGGACGAGGAGGAGGUGAGAGCGUCUCGGCCGCCGAGGAGCAGUAGGAGCCGGCGCUUCGUCCUGGACGAGGAUAGUGAGGAGGUGAUCGGGGCCCGAUCGGAGGAGGAGGAAGAGGACGAGGUCCAUUGGUCCGAGUUGGAAGAGGAGGAGGACGAGGAGGAGGAGAAAGAGAAAGAGAAAGAGAAAGAGAAAGAGAAAGAGAUGGAACUAGUGGAAGAGGAGGAAGUCGAUGUUGUUGGCAAAGCUCUGCAGAAGUGCGCCAAGAUAUCUGCGUCGCUGCGGCAGGAGCUGUAUGGUUCCUCUGUGCGAGAUUGCGAGAGGUAUGCGGAAACCGAAGCUGCUUCUUGUAGAAUUGUGACUCAGGAAGACAUUGAUGCGGCUUGCUCUACAGAAGAUUCUGAUUUUCAGCCUAUUCUGAAGCCUUAUCAGCUUGUCGGUGUUAAUUUCCUUCUUCUCUUGUACCGAAAAAACAUAGGUGGAGCUAUUUUGGCUGAUGAAAUGGGGCUCGGAAAGACAAUUCAGGCCGUCACGUAUCUCACCUUGCUGCAGCAUUUAGACACGGACCCAGGCCCUCACCUUAUUGUCUGCCCAGCUUCUGUAUUAGAAAACUGGGAAAGAGAAUUAAAAAAGUGGUGUCCUUCAUUUUCUGUCAUUAUGUUUCAUGGAUCUGGAAGAGCAACGUACUCAAAGGAGCUAAGCUACUUAGGCAAAGCUGGUCUCCCACCUCCAUUUAAUGUGCUACUUGUUUGCUACUCGCUUUUUGAGCGGCGAAGUGCGCAGCAGAAAGAUGAUCGUAAAGUGUUGAAGCGGUGGCGGUGGAGUUGUGUUUUGAUGGAUGAAGCUCAUGUAUUGAAAGAUAAGAACAGCUUUCGAUGGAAGAACCUAAUGUCUGUUGCACAAAGUGCACGUCAGCGUUUGAUGUUGACAGGAACACCGCUACAAAAUGAUUUGCAUGAGUUGUGGUCAUUAUUGGAAUUCAUGAUGCCUGAUAUAUUUUCAACUGGGGAUGUUGACUUGAAAAAGCUUUUGAAUGCAGAAGAUAGUAAUCUGAUAUCACGUAUAAAAUCUAUUUUAGGGCCGUUCAUUUUGAGGCGCCUGAAGUCUGAUGUUAUGCAGCAACUAGUUCCGAAAAUACAAAAUGUGAAGUAUGUUUUUAUGGGCUCAGAACAGGCUAAAGCUUAUGAUGAUGCCAUAAAUGAAUAUCGUGCAGCUUCACAAGCUCGUAAUGCAAGUGCCUCAACAGGAAUUUCCAAUACUGUUAUUGGUCUUCUUCCAAAACGCCAGAUUUCAAAUUAUUUUGUGCAGUUCCGCAAGAUUGCAAAUCACCCUUUAUUGGUUAGGCGUAUUUACCAUGAUGAGGAUGUUAUUCGAAUAGCGAGAAUGCUGUAUCCAAAAGGUGUAUUUGGCUUUGAAUGUACGUUGGAAAGAGCAAUUCAGGAGCUUAAGAACUAUAAUGAUUUUGCAAUUCACCGGCUCUUAAUUUCAUAUGGUGAGACGGGUACAAAGGGUGCCUUAACAGAUGAACAUGUCCUGGGAUCAGCAAAAUGUCAGGCUCUAGCUGAGCUCUUACCUCUUUUGAUGAAGGGCGGGCAUAGAGUCUUAAUAUUCAGCCAAUGGACAACGAUGCUUGACAUUCUUGAAUGGACAUUGGAAGUAGUAGGGGUUACUUACAGACGUCUUGAUGGGAGUACCCAAGUGAAUGAAAGACAAACUAUAGUGGAUACCUUCAACAAUGACCCUUCUAUCUUUGCUUGCUUACUUUCUACAAGAGCUGGAGGCCAGGGGCUAAACUUGAUUGGAGCUGACACAGUUAUCAUACAUGAUAUGGAUUUUAACCCACAGAUGGAUCGGCAGGCGGAAGAUCGGUGUCAUCGUAUUGGCCAAGUAAAACCUGUCACUGUUUACAGGCUAGUAACAAAGGACACCGUCGAUGAAAACAUAUAUGAAAUUGCUAGGAGGAAACUAGUGUUAGAUGCUGCAGUGCUCGAGUCUGGAGCAGAGCUGGAUGAUGACAAUGAUGUGUCUGAGAAGACUAUGGGGGAGAUUCUAGCAUCUCUUCUUCUUGUGUGAAAUUUCCCCACCAUCAGUAAGUUCGAAGGUAUUUGAUCCUUUAAGCUACAUUGAUCCUUCGAUAUGGGUUUUUUGGUUGAACAUUUUUUGCAUGAUUCUUGGGGCAGUACGUUUUGGUCGCUAUCUUCCCCAGAAUGUUUAGUUUAUUAGUGGUUGUUGGCAGUGAUUUAAUUAUCACUUCGGUCGCUAGAUUGGUUGGUGGGAAUUUUGUUUGCUCUGUACUGAUUUAGGGAUUAAGAAAUUGUAAAAACUUGUGCGAGUUACUGAAACCCUCGGUGAAACAAGUUUGUUUGUUUUGUAGA